UCUGCGUCGUGGGAGAGAGAUAAUCAUCACUUUUUCCAGGCAGUGGGAAAGAAAAAUCCGAAAGCUUCGAUUUUGAACCAUAUAAAUCAUCAUCUUCCAUGGCGGAAAUUCGAAGUUAUAACUAGACGAAGAAGAAGACGAAGAAGAUAAAGCUUUGUAGUUAGAGAAUGGCGUGUGUAUCGACAUGCUUAGUCCUCUCCCCUAGGUUAACUCAAGUGGGUUUAUCAUCAAACAAGUCUUCUUUGAUUCGCCACAGAUCUUCCGUUGAUCGUUACUCUUUCCCCGGAAUCUUGACGGAGAGGUGUCUGAGCACUCCUCGGAAGCUCACUCGCCAUGGAAUCGCGGUGGUGAAGGCGGCGAGUUUAGAUAAGGUUAGUGGCGCAAUCAAACCAGGUGGAUUGGUGGAGAGUGAUAAGUUGCCGACUGAUGUACGGAAACGAGCGAUGGAUGCUGUGGAAGAGUGUGGCCGGAGAGUCACUGUUGGUGAUGUCUCCAGUAGAGCUGGCUUGAAGGUUACUGAAGCUCAGACAGCUCUUCAAGCUCUCGCGGCUGAUACUGAUGGGUUUCUCGAGGUGUCGGAUGAAGGUGAUGUGCUUUAUGUUUUCCCAAAGGACUAUCGAACUAAGUUGGCUGCCAAGUCGUUAAGGAUACAAAUUGAACCAUUUCUUGAAAAGGCAAAGAGUGCUAUAGACUAUUUGGCUCGUGUUUCCUUUGGCACGGCGCUUAUAGCGUCUAUUGUUAUCGUCUACACAUCAAUUAUAGCCCUGCUUUCAAGCAGAAGCGAUGAUGAUAAUCGUCAAAGAAGACGCGGGCGUGGGUAUGAUUCAGGAUUCAAUUUCUAUAUCAACCCUGUUGAUCUGCUUUGGUACUGGGAUCCCAAUUAUUACAACAGGCGUCGAGCUCGAGAAGAUGAAGGAAAGGGAAUGAAUUUCAUUGAAUCUGUUUUCUCGUUUGUAUUUGGAGAUGGUGACCCAAAUCAAGGAAUUGAAGAAGAGAGAUGGCAGAUGAUUGGGCAGUAUAUAACUUCUAGAGGAGGUGUUGUUGCAGCUGAUGAACUUGCUCCGUACCUUGAUGUGCCAUCUUCAAAGAGUGCUAUGAACGAUGAAUCCUACAUUCUACCUGUUCUUCUUCGGUUUGAUGGUCAACCUGAGUUGGAUGAAGAGGGAAAUAUUUUGUACCGGUUUCCUUCCCUGCAACGUACAGCUUCUGGAUCUAGCAGACGAAAAGAAUAUGUGGGGAAAUGGUUUGACUGGGUUGCAGAUAUGGAGAAAUUCUUCAAGGAGAAAAAAUGGCAAUUUAGUAAAACAAAUACGUCCGAGAGAGCAUUGGUCAUUGGCCUAGGUGCAGUGAAUCUCUUUGGUGUGAUUGUUCUAAACUCGCUGCUAAACGAGAUGGCUGUCAGGCCAGGUGGAUUUCUUACCUUUGUUAAGAAUAUAUAUCCACUACUUCAGGUAUACGCAGGUUCAUUCUUUGCCAUUCCUUUGAUUCGGUGGUUUUCAAUCAAGAGAAAGAAUAACCAGAUAGAGACCAGAAACAAAGCUCGACUACAAUUUGCACGAGCACUUGAAUCUCCAGAUAUCGCACUAAGGCGUAAGCUACUAAGUGCAAGGGAUAUGGCUCAAAAUACAGUCAUCGGGAAGGAGCGGAUCGUGUAUAGUACAGAUAGAGAUAUGAUGGAACAAAACUAUGAGACAGACGAGUGGGACAGAAGAUUCAAAGAGCUGGAAAAAUCGGACUGAAAUGUCAUAUAUGGGACUUGUUUAUUGCUAAGUUACGUAGUAGCUCACACAUCAUCCGCUACACAGAACUAUCUCAACAACUUAAAAAACAUUGAUGGACGCUCAAGUUUCAAGCGGAUGAUACAAGCCAUGGUACAUACUAUUUAGACAUUCUUCCUCUCUCUGAGACAGAGAAAAUAAUUGGCUUUAUAGGUCUCUUAAGUUCCAGAAGUAAUAGACCAUUGUGUGCUACUCGUUAACACAACAAGCUUGGUCUUGUUCCUGAGAGUUACUAGAUGCAACAAUAGAUUAUGUACAGUAAUUUGUAUAUACAAAAGUCCAAAUUCUUGGUCAUGAGAAUGUUCAGUGUAAUAUCUUUCUGUUUAAGAGAGCUAUUCACUUUCUAGAGAAAA